UGCGGCUGCGAAGGCGCCGGGCGAGCGAAGGGUGAAGGGCUCUGCCCGCCGCCUCCAGCCCUGAGGGUCAGCGUGGCCGGAGGGUCCUGCUGGCCCUGUCCCCGUCCUAAACGACAAGGACAGACCCCGCCAGCGGUGACAGCUCCGAAGCCACCCGGCCUUUUGUCUGCCAGCCGAGCCAGAUGUGCGGGCAGCUGUGGCGGGGGGUGGCAGGCGGUGACAGCGGCGCCGGGGGACGGGGACAGACUCGGAGGGAAUGACCCCGAGGAGGAGCCCGGAAGAUGCAGCCGAGCACGGGAACGACUCCUUUGGAGAGGAAGAAGAGGCCCAGCUCUGACUGAGGUGCCCCCAGCGCUCUGAGCUCCCAUUUCGGGGGCGCCAGGCAGGGCCCGACGCUUCCAGGGGCUCGCAUGGAGCAUCUCCCGCCACGGGCGCCGUCCCCCGCCUCGCCGUCACCGCUGUCACGCCGCGGCCAGCUCUGGAUGCUCCCUGUGACCUUCUCCAGCCCAAAAUGAGAGGCCUCCAGCCCAGCUGCCUCCUGCUGUGCGUGGUGGCCGCCAGCGCCAUGCCCACGGUGCCCUGGCGCGUGGCGUGUCCCCCACGCUGCGCGUGCCAGAUCCGGCCCUGGUACACGCCCCGCUCCGCCUACCGCGAGGCGGCCACGGUGGACUGCAACGACCUCUUCAUCACCUCGGUGCCCCCGGAGCUGCCCGAGGGCACCCAGACCCUGCUGCUGCAGAGCAACAACAUCGCCAGGCUGGAGCAGGGCGAGCUGGGCUACCUGCGGAACCUGUCGGAGCUGGAUCUGUCGCAGAACAGCUUCUCCGACGUCUGGGAUUUCGGGCUCAGGAACAUGCCCCAGCUGCUCAGCCUGCACCUGGAGGAGAACCAGCUCUCCGAGCUGCCCGACGGCAGCUUCCCGGGCUUGGGGAACCUUCAGGAGCUCUACCUGAACCACAACCGGCUCCGCAGCAUCGCCCCCCGCGCCUUCGCCGGCCUGGGCAGCCUCCUGCGGCUCCACCUCAACUCCAACCUGCUGAGGACGCUGGACAGCCGCUGGUUCCAGACGCUGCCCAGCCUGGAGAUCCUCAUGGUCGGGGGGAACAAGGUGGACGCCAUCCUGGACAUGAAUUUCCGGCCCCUGGGCAACCUGCGGAGUUUGGUGCUGGCCGGGAUGCAGCUGCGGGAGAUCUCGGAUUACGCCCUGGAAGGGCUGAGGAGCCUGGAGAGCCUCUCCUUCUACGACAACAAGCUGGCAGACGUCCCCAAGAGGGCUCUGCAGCAGGUGCCCGGCCUGAAAUUCCUGGAUCUGAACAAGAACCCGCUGCAGAGGGUGAAGCAGAGCGACUUCACCAACAUGCUGCACCUCAAGGAGCUGGGCCUCAACAACAUGGACGAGCUGGUGUCCAUCGACCAGUUCGCCCUCAUCAACCUCCCCGAGCUGACCAAGCUGGACGUCACCAACAACCCCAAGCUGUCCUUCAUCCACCCCAAGGCCUUCCAGCACCUUCCGCAGCUGGAGACGCUGAUGCUCAACAACAACGCCCUAAGUGCCUUGCACCGGCAGACGGUGGAGUCGCUGCCCAACCUGCAGGAGAUCAGCAUCCACGGGAACCCCCUGCGCUGCGACUGCGUCAUCCGCUGGGUCAACAGCACCCGGCCCCGCGUGCGCUUCAUCGAGCCCCAGUCCACGCUCUGCGCCGAGCCCCCCGACCUCCAGCGCCGCCACAUCCGCGACGUCCCUUUCCGGGAGAUGACGGAGCAGUGCCUGCCGCUCAUCUCCGCCCGCAGCGUCCCGGCGCGCCUGGAGGCCGAGGCCGGUGACAACGUGGCCCUGCACUGCCGGGCGCUGGCGGAGCCGGAGCCGGAGAUUUACUGGGUGACGCCGGCCGGGGUGAAGCUGCUGCCCUUCGGGGACGACGGGAAGUUCAAGGUGCACUCCGAGGGGACGCUGGAGAUCCGCGGGAUCGCGGCGCGCGAGGCCGGGCUCUACACGUGCGUGGCUCACAACCUGCUGGGCGCCGACACCCGCGGCGUCCGCGUGCUGGUCAACCGCUCCUUCCCGCUGGGCCAGGCCGAGCUGGAGCUGCUGGUGGUGGACGUCCAGCCCCACCACGUCCUGCUGGCCUGGCGGCCGUGCCUCAACGCCGUCUCCUCCAACCUCACGUGGGCCAGCUCGGCGCUGGGCUCGCGGCUGGGCGCGGCGCGGAUCCCGGCGGGCACCCACAGCUUCAACGUCACCCGGCUGCGCCCCGACACCGAGUACCGGGCGUGCCUGCACGUCACCCUGGUGGCACCGCCGGUCAGGGUGGCCUGUGUCACCGCCAGGACUAAAGAGGCCACGCAGGGGAUGCCGUGGGGACAGGGGACGCUGGUGACGGCGCUGCUGCUGUGCCUGCUGCUCCUGGGGGCGGCGGCGCGCGCCGGAGCCCGGCGGGAAUCGCUCCGAAGGGCCGGGGCUGUGCGUGUGGUUUAUCCUGUGCAGCCCCGGGGACACCUCCUGGCCGUGGAGGUGCAGGCGGCGCCCCUGGAGUGCUGAGGGAGGACGGAUUUUGGGGGGGGGUUCAGUGGGAUUUUGGGGUGGGUGGGGAGGCGGGAAAGGGUUUUUUAGCAAAAAAAAAAGACGGACGGUGGGGGAAAAAUGGGAUUUCGUGGACAUGAGGAGCCUCAGGAUCCAUGGGAGAGGAGCCUCUGGUGGUCCUGGAUCCGUGUGGAGGGGCUGGAUUUGGCCAUGGAUUUCAAAAAAACCCGCUGGGAAGAUGGGAGGGGAUGGAGAACGCUGUGGGGACGAUGCCCCAAGCGGGUGAAGAGCCAUACAAGGAACCCCAAAUCUGCGUCCCCCUGGCACCAGGGACACCCCAGAGGUGUCACCUCCCUCACUGGACAGUCCUUGCCUUGGAAAUACAAAAAAAACCACCCUAAAAAACCCUAAAAAGAAGAGGUUUCUUCCUUUGGGAUCUGUGUGGGGUCUGGGGUUUCUUUUUUGGAGCCUUGGGAUCAUCAAACAAAGCAAUCCCAGUGUCACUUCCCCCGCUGGACAGUCCCUGCUUUGGAAAUACAAGAAAAACCUGAAAAAAACCCUAAAACAAACAGGUUUUUUUUCCUUUGGGAUCUGUGUGGAGUUUGGGGUUAUUUCUGGGGGUUUUUUGGAGUGUUUGGAUCAUCAAACCAAAUGUCACCCCCUGCUCUGCCACUGCUGUCACCGGGGGGAAGCAGGAAGGGAGGAUUUGGGAUUAGAAGAAUGGGAAAUGGUGACGGUGACACUUCCCUGUGGGGCUGGAUGGAUCUUGGAUCCCACAGGAUCCCAAAAGUUUUGUGGAUAAAGGGUAAACCAGGAAAAAAGAAAAAA